AUGGCAGAUUUACCAGCAUUUAGGGUUACCACUGAUAUCAGACCAUUUAGCGUCUGCGGGAUUGACUGCGCAGGUCCAUUUAGCCUUCGAGAAAGCAAGAGAAGAGGUAACCUUCCUAUCAGCAAAGCCUACGUAGCAGUUUUCGUUUGCUUUAAAACGAAAGCCGUACAUCUUGAAUUAGUUAGCAGCCUAUCAACUGAGGACUUCAUGUCAGCCUUUCGACGCUUUUGUGCAAGAAGGGGAACGUGCGCUCACGUGUACUCGGAUAAUGGCACUAAUCUGGUAGGUGCUGCAAACGAGCUUAAAGAAAUCUAUGAGUUUCUCAAGAUGCAGGAGUCUUGCAUCGCAACAAGAUUGGCAACGCAGAAUAUAAAGUGGCACUUUAUAUCUCCCCGAUUGCCACAUUUCGGAGGACUUUGGGAGGCUGCCGUUAAAAGCGUCAAACGACAUUUACGAAUCACUAUGAAGGAUUUGAUCUAUACCUUUAAGGAAUAUUACACUCUACUGGUCGAAAUUGAAGGCAUUUUAAAUAGUAGGCCACUGACAGCUCUAUCAUCAGAUCCCAAUGACUUGGCGCCCCUCACACCAGCCUAUUUCCUUAUUGGAGACGCCUUAAUAAUGCCCGUUGAAAAAGAUUUAUUGAAUAUCAAGGAUACGCAUUUAUCUCGAUGGCAACAUAUUCAAAAGUUACGCCAGCAUUACUGGCAACGAUGGCAGAAGGAAUACUUGCAGCAACUACAAGCCAGAACCAAAUGGAAAGAGGGUGACGACGUGGUAUGGGUUGGAGACUUGGUUCUUUUGAUCGAGGACAACCUGCCUCCGCUGCAAUGGAAAUUAGGACGGAUAGAAGCGUUGCAUCCAGGAGAUGACAAAGUCAUAAGAGUAGUAACAGUACGGACGUCCACGGGAAGUUACAAGCGCGCCGUUAAGAAGAUAUGUGCCCUUCCCUGUAAAAACUAG